UUUAUUAUUAGCGGUGUAAUUGGCGAUAAAAAGAACUAUGUGAACUAAAAAUAAUGAAAUAUCAUCGACGAAUAAUCGAAACGUUGAAUAAAACGGUUAUACAGUGUGUAGAAGUGGACGGCAAUAGUUGUUCUAUAGCUCACAUCGCCAAUAGUGCACAAUUUGCAGUGAUGGUCUAUUGUUGAACUUAGUUUUUUUUUAAUUAAAAAAAGAUAUCUAGACAAAAAAUUAUUUGAAUAAAAAAAUUUAUUUUAACAAAAUCAAAUUAUUUAAACGGAAAAACAAUUCGUAAGAUAAUAAGUCGCAAAUUAGUCGAAAAAAGUCCCAGAAACUGAUUCAGCAUGAGGUACUUCAAAAUGUUUUAUAGAAGAAUCACCGACGAUUUCAAAUUGAAGGAAUUAUUACCAGUUAAGAUAUUAUUUUUUAUGCAAAUGUCGACUAUUCUCGUUUUAUAUCCGUAUUUAACAAUUCACAUGAGAGAAUUAGGAAUUGACGUUGAAGAAACUGCCAUUAUGUCAGCUGUAACGCCUAUUGUAACAAUAGUUAUGCCCCCCAUUUCUGGAAUAGUGGCAGAUAGAAUUGGUAAUUUUAAGGUUUUACUCUCAGGAUUUUCUAUAGUAGGAGGAAUUACGGCUCUUCUACUCUUAUACGUGCCGGUAGGGAGAAUAAAAGUUUAUUAUCAUUCGGCUCUUGUCGUUGGUUUAUCGUGUUCCUCACGACUACCCUUGGAAUUGAUAAUCCCAAAUGCGACUGAAUGUACAACAUACAGACAAGCUAUCGUCGAUAACGUCUCUUUGAGCAUAGUAUCUUGCGGAUAUUUAUGUCCCACAUCGUUUAAUGCGGAAAAUAUAACCGUUGAUAGAUACGUAACGAAUUAUUAUAGUGAACAGAAUGAAGCAUCAAAAGAUUAUAUUCUCUCUCCCGAAGAUCUUGAGUUUCUUAAAGAAGAGCUUCACCCCGAAUCUCAUGAAACGCUGAAAAUCAACGAACAGUAUUUUAGUGCGUAUAGGAAGUUUGAAGAUGGCGUGUAUUAUUUUCCAGGAAAAGAAGUUUUUGAUUUAUCUUGCUAUGAUGCAAACAAUACGUGUGAAUACUCAAGAAAUUGGAAGAACGGAUCUAAAUUAAACGCUUACUUGCAAUCGAAAAAAUAUUUUUUCGACGAUCAAACCACUUACAAUGUGCAUUACUUUAAUGAAGGGAAAAAACAUUCGCCAAUUUGUAGUGAUGGAUUUCAAAUUUUAAAAAACGAAACUAUUUCAAUAGAUGUUUUCGCUGUGGACAACCAAACAAAUGUUUACGCUACCGAAAUGUGCGAAAAAAUGUGCAUCGCAACAACCGAAAGAAAUAAGUUAUGCACAAACAGUUUUAAAAUGGUCGAUAUUAAUUCUUCAUUCACAUUUUGGACCUACCUAGCCGUGAGAGUUUUUAUUGCAAUCAUAGGCGGAACAGCUUACACAAUGUUCGAGGGUGCCGUUAUUGCCAUUUUAAGGGAAUACAAAGCCGAUUACGGAUUACAAAAGAUUUAUGCUUCUUUAGGAGGCGUAAUAAGUUCCCCCUUGUCCGGAUGGUUAAUUGAUUACGUAAGCAUGGGGAAAAAAUACACCGACUUCCGCCCAGUUUUUUACCUUUACGCGGUUUUAAAAGUCUUAAGCGGGAUUAUGAUGUUAUUUAUUAAUUUGAAAUUUAAAGCUCCAGCUCAAAAAGUCGUUUCGGAAGUGCGAUCAAUUUUAAGCGUUGAAUUAUUUUCAGUUUUUGUUGCAGUAUUUUUAUUAGGUUCAGCUUGGGGUUACAUAGAAAGCUUUCUUUUUUGGUUACUCCAAGAUUUGGGUAGUUCUAAAUCUUUAAUGGGAUUAACAAUAACGACUGGUGGGUUACUUGGAAUACCAAUUCUUGUCGUUUCGGGGCCGUUGAUUAAAAAACUCGGCCAUGCAAAUGUGAUUUUCAUUGGUUUUAUUGCUUAUGUGAUUCGAUUGCUGGGCUAUUCAUUGAUUUAUAACCCUUGGUUGGCGCUGAUUUUUGAGGGGUUGGAAUGUAUUACUCAGUCUUUGUGUUUUACGGCUGCUGUCACUUACGCCGCGCGUUUAUCCACGCAAAGAACUGACACAACAAUUCAGGGAAUAUUCGGGGGCUUAUUUUAUGGGGUUGGUAAGAGUUUUGGAAGUUUAGUUGGGGGUUAUUUCAUCAAAAUGAUCGGAAUAAGAGGCACUUUCCAAGUAUUUUCGGGUAUAAGUGGUAUCUCUGGAUUCCUUUAUUUGGGCUUUUACCACAUUUACAUGAAAAAGCGAUCGAUUUUGAACGAAAAAAAAGUUGUUGGAGAAAAAGAAAACGACAACAAUCAAGAUCAAACCCCGAAAAAGACUGACGAAGAAAAUUCGCAAACCGAAAACAACGUUGAGUCCAUGGAUUUUGAAGUCGUAACAUUACCGAAUGAUGAGGUUAUAAUCACGGAAGUUUCCAUGACUAAUUUGGCUUAUAUUGAUAGUGAAGAUGAAAACAACCAAGAAGAAACACCGAAAAGAAGCGACGAAAAAAAGAAUUUUAAUACUAUAACAUUACCGAGAGAUGAAGUUAUAAUUUCCCAAGAUUCUGUAGAUAAUAUGAGCUAUGAAGAACAAAACAAUUCAAACGAUAACAGCCAAGAAGAAAAGUCGAAAAAAAUCGAUGAAAAAAGAUUCCAAACUAAAGAUAAUGAUGAUUCGAUGAAUUUUGAAAUUGUAACAUUACCAAAUAACGAAGUUAUAAUUGCCAAAGUAUCCGCGACUAAUUUCGGCUAUGAAGAUACAGAGGAACAAAAUGACUCAAAGAAUCCAAAGAAUGACGAUAAAAAGGAAUAAAAUUUGUGAAAUAAGAAAACUUAGUUAAUUUCACUCUGAUUUCAUAAAUAUCUUGUUAAAUAAAUAAAUUUUAAAU